CCUGGGUGAGGGAAGAGCUGACCCGGAAUCGCUGGGGAGGGGUGGCGGCGGAGGUGCGACGCUCACCUUGGUGAGCAGAGGCGCGGGCUGCGGGCGCCAUGGUCUUCCUCACGGCGCAGCUCUGGCUGCGGAAUCGCAUCACUGACCGCUACUGGCGGGUCCAGGAGGUGCUGAAGCACGCGCGGCACUUCCGGGGGAGGAAGAAUCGGUGCUACCGGCUGGCCGUCAGGGCUGUGACGCGAGCGUUCGUGCAGUGCACCCGAGCCCGCAGGCUGAAGAAGAGGAACCUGCGGACGCUCUGGAUCAGUCGAGUUACAGCUGCUUCCCAGGAACACGGCCUGAAGUACCCAGCAUUCAUCCUCAACUUGAUUAAGUGCCAGGUGGAGCUCAACAGGAAAGUACUUGCAGAUCUAGCCAUCUACGAACCAAAGACUUUUAAAUCUUUGGCUGCUUUGGCCAAAAGGAGGCGACAGGAAGGAUUUGCUGCUGCCUUGGGGGAUGGGAAGGAGCCCGAAGGCAUUUUUUCCAGGGUGGCACAGCACCUCUGAGGGGGAUGCUGACACCCACUGACUGCCCUUUGAGGCUGAGCAUCUUAGGAAAAGUUUUUUUCUUCCCCCAUGUGAUGAUUAUACUAAAAUAGGGACUAAGA